AUGAAGGAGGCACUUGCCUACCCAGGACCCAAGGUCGAUGUUGUCGAGUCCCCUAUACCAACUGCAGGGCCAUUUCAGAUGAUCGUCAAGGUGGCUUGCGUUGGACUGAACCCCAAGGACUGGAAAGUUGCAGAUGGUGCCGUACCCGGAGUCACUUAUUCCAACGAGGGCGACGACUUUUCAGGAGUCGUUCAUACAGUCGGCCAGGGUGUAACCGAGUUCAAAGUUGGCGACCGAGUGGGUGUCUUCCAUAAGACAUUGAGCCCGGGAGGGGGGUGGGCGGAGUAUGCUAUUGCUUGGGAGAGCAUGGCAUUUCAUCUGUCAGAGCAUAUCUCUUUCGAAGAAGCCGCAACUAUUCCACUGGCAGCCAUUACCUCUUGUCUGGGGCUAUAUCGCCGUCUUCCACUCCCUUACCCUUGGGAUCCUUGCGAUAAACCACGGCCAUUCAUCGUUUACGGCGCGGCAUCGGCUGUAGGUGCCUACGCCGUAAAACUAGCUGUCCUUUCGAACAUUCAUCCCAUCGUCGCAGUCGCCGGAAGGGGAAUCGAUUUUGUAGAGACGCUCAUUGACAGGUCUCGUGGCGACACAAUUGUUGACUACCGUCAAGGAGACGAUGCUGUGGUCGAAGCGAUCAAGGCAGCUUUGGGGAACAAAGAGCCAGAAUUCGCCCUUGAUGCUGUGAGCAAAAGAGAAACGGUUCUAAACAUCUCUCGGGUGAUAAACAAAACUAUUGGAAAGAUUGUUGUUGUACUGAACAUUCCAUCCGGUCUAAUUCCGGAGGGGAUUUCGCUUAUCAAUUCAGCAGUUGAAACAAGCCAGGUAGACCUUGGCAAUGACGCGCUUACAUGGCCUAACUCUAAGGGACAAAGCGUAGGAAUCACGCACUUUACAACUGUGAUGCUGCGAUUCAUCGGGAGGGGAUUGAAUGAAGGCUGGUUCAGCGCGCAUCCGCAUGAAGUGGUGCCAGGCGGACUUUACGGGUUGGAGGGCGCACUUACACGGUUGAAGAAUGGUUCGGUGAGCGCAACUAAGCUUGUUGUGAGGAUAUCGGAUACCGAUGGUUUAGGGAAUUAA